AUGAUUCGAUUCGAUCAUUUAUUGGAAUCUAACUACUCAAUCAAUCUACGGAAUGUGCUGCAGAUUAGAACUGAGCCACCACGUCUCCGAAUUUUUUCUUUGAAUGGAUGCCUUGGAAACAAUAAGUUUCUUUAUGUUGAUCUAUAUUACAAGGAUAAAAUAACUCCAACAAGAAUUAAAAUUUACGGAAUCACACUAGAUGAAAACUGUCCAGCUGACUGGGCACCUACAAAAUUAUGCUUCUAUUCUCCACACACGUUUGUAUCAAAUCUAUCAGUGACAGAAGGAUUGACGAAGGUGGUGAUUGAACUGGGACUCCGAAAAGUUGAUCUGGUAAUCCGAGAAAUACAUAAACCUGUUCAACAUGGACUCACAAUGUGUCUUCAACCAGUGUAUUACUACUCUCAAUGGCAGAAUAUUGUGUUGUAUAUUGAAGCAUGGAGAGCCCAAGGAGCAACUCGUUUCAUAGUUUUCUAUCAUUCUUCUACAAAAGACACUCGAAAAGUUCUUGAUUACUAUCAGGAUUUGGGUGUUAUUGAAUUAAGACCUUGGCCAAGUUUCGGAAAUCUUCAUAAAGAUAUUGUGGAUAAGAAGCCAAACAUUGACAACAAUACCUUCCUGUUUUCGUAUUUCCUGGCGUUGAACAUAUGCGUUCUCGACAUCAAAACAACAUUUGGAACAGUUGCUGAUUUCGAUGAAGUUAUAGUUCCCAUAAAUGGUACAAUGUUAGACUACGCAACAAAAGAAAUGAGUGGAACUGAUGUUGGAGCUCUUUUGUUUGAAUCAAACUAUGUUGCGAUGAAUCCAAGUAUUUAUACUUCUGACUUUUCUGGAGUAUCAUCUCCUAGUUUUUAUAAGAAAGGUCUAACUAAAAUUCAAACAAUUUUUGGAAGUUCUCCUCCACCAGUACCUUUGGAGUCUUUGGAUGUUUUUGUUGAGUGUGGACAAAGAAUGUUUAAACAAGGCAUGUGUCACGGUGCUAUUUGCAAACCAGAUAUGGAUGCAGUCCAUGAAUGGGUUUAUGAUAAAACGGAAGGAGUAUUUUUGGCAGGGGAAUACUAA